AUCUAGAUCUAGAUCUUAUGACUAGGAGGGCCUAUCCUAUAGAAGAUCUAUAUUAAAUAUAAAUAUAGUCUAGUAGCAGUAGAUAUCUAAAACUAAAACCUGAGUCAAAAUCAUUUUUCAAAGAUAUGACCAAUUAAAGGGGAAAAUGUCAAAGAAGAAAGUGGAAUUCUUUUAUGAUGUUAUCUCCCCUUACUCAUGGUUUGCUUUUGAGGUGCUGUUCAGGUACCAGAAUCGAUGGAACAUGGCAGUUAAACUACGCCCUUUCUUCCUAGGUGGUGUCAUGAAGGAAUCAGGAAACAAACCACCAUUUGCUGUAUUGAACAAGGGUGUUUACAUGUACAAGGAUAUUCAGCAGCUUGGAAAGUAUUUUGACGUGCCUUUAAAGCUCCCUAAGGUCCAUGAGAAGAUGCUAGCCAAAGGAACCCUCCCAACACAAAGAUUUCUUACAGCUAUUGACAUGACCCAUCCUGAAAUGCUUGAGAAAAUCUCUAGAGAGCUGUGGAUGAGGAACUGGAAUAGGGAUGAAGAUGUAACAGAACCCAGUAAUUUAGCAUUGCAAAAAAAAGCAGGAAUGACAGAAGAGAACAUUGCAGCAGUUUUAAAACUUGCUACGGAUGAAAAAGUUAAACAAAGAUUAAAACAGACCACACAGGAAGCUUUAGAUUUAGGGGCAUUUGGUGCUCCAGUUAUUACCACAGAAGUAAAUGGCCAAAAAGAAUGGGUGUUUGGAAGUGACAGAUUCCCUAUACUUGCUGAUUUAUUAGGUGAAAAAUGGGAAGGUCCAUGUCCAGCAACAUCAAACAAGCUUUAAUAUUUGUACUGCUGUAGAAAAACGACUAAAGUAGGCUUGAUAAACCUGUAGGAAAAUAAACUUACAAAAGUUGUAUAUUUUUAUAAUGUAUUAUUACAUAUUGGCCCAAAAAUAAAUAAAUGAUAUUUGUUGUUAAGUGCAUGAUAUCUAGCGUUAAGAAAAGAUAAAUAGUAUGUAGAUCUAUUUUAUAUUCCAUUAUUGUUUGGAGAAUAAGUAGAUCUAUUUGUGUGAUAGAAAUUGUACAUUUGAUAAAAAUUGUA